GCCAUAUUGGAAGAAAACAUAAUGGGGGUUUGGUUAUAGACGUAUUUCUGUUGUUUUGAUUUUUCAUAAAUUAAUUGGUAAAUUUUCUUGCUAAAAUUCCACAUAUACCUAAAUUUUAAGGUUAAGAUGGGGAAUUAAAGAACAGGACACCUAAUGGACAUGAAAAGACUUCUCUAAUGAAACCUAGCCAUUGAACAUGCUUACUGGCCGCUGUAUUGAGGAAAGGUAUGUGGUCUUCGCAGGGUACAGCGCAACCUGCUCCACAACAGCAGAACCAGCAGCAACAGCGCACUCUAGGGCUGACGUCGGCCAUUACACUCGCUGGUCCCAAGCCCAUUGACUAUCAAAAAACUAAUGAACUUGUAGAGACGCUUAAGCCGUACAAUGUUAUGGAAACCGAGGAAGAACUCAAUCACAGAAUGGAAAUAUUGAGCAAAUUAAACAGCCUAGUUAAAGAAUGGAUUCGAGAGGUUAGCAUUAGCCGAAACAUGCCCGAAAGUGUCGCUAAUUCCGUCGGUGGCAAGAUCUACACCUUUGGCUCUUACCGCCUCGGCGUCCAUCAUAAGGGUGCUGAUAUUGAUGCUCUCUGUGUUGCACCUAGGCAUAUCGACAGGUCUGAUUAUUUCACAACAUUCUUCGAAAUACUUAAGUCACAUCCUGAAGUAACAGACUUGAGGGCUGUGGAAGAAGCGUUUGUUCCUGUGAUAAAAAUGAAUUUCGACGGGAUCGAAAUUGAUAUGCUGUUUGCCAGGCUGGCUCUUAAAGAAAUUCCGGAUUCAAUGGACCUGAAAGAUGAUUUGUUGCUCAAAAAUCUUGAUCAGAAAUGUGUUAGAAGCCUAAAUGGUUGCAGGGUUACUGACGAGAUCCUGCGGUUAGUACCUGAUAUAGAAAAUUUUCGUCUCACCCUUAGAACUAUAAAGCUGUGGGCUAAAAAACAUGGCGUUUAUAGUAACGUGAUGGGUUACUUGGGUGGAGUGAGCUGGGCGAUGCUCGUAGCUCGAACAUGCCAGUUAUAUCCUAACGCUGUUGCAGCCACGUUAGUUCACAAAUUUUUUUUAGUUUUUUCCCAAUGGAAGUGGCCACAGCCUGUUCUGCUGAAACAACCGGAUCAGGUCAAUCUUGGAUUUCCUGUUUGGGAUCCCAGGGUUACAGUAUCUGAUAGGUACCAUCUCAUGCCUAUUAUCACUCCUGUAUACCCUCAGCAGAAUUCAACAUUCAAUGUUUCUGCAUCUACAAGAAUUAUUCUCCAGGAAUCUUUUAAUAAUGGCUUAGCGAUUACUGAUGAAAUUUUCAACGGAAAGGCUUCAUGGGACAAAUUAUUUGAAGCGCCGAAUUUUUUCCUGAAGUACAAGCACUUUAUUGUGUUACUGGCUAAGUCUGGGAGCCAAGAGGAACAGCUAGAAUGGUGUGGGCUGAUCGAGUCGAAGGUUCGUCACCUUGUCGGCAACCUGGAGCGUAACCAGUACAUCAGCCUGGCCCACGUCAACCCUGAGUGCUUUCCUGGACCACCACCACCCCCUGGGGAAUCUCAAGGGCCCACGUCGAUGUGGUUCAUUGGCAUCGUAUUCAGGAAGCAAGAAAACCUUAAUGUUGAUCUCACUUAUGAUAUACAGUCCUUCACCACUUCUGUAUUAUUUUCAGUACAUCGACAGGCUUCAGCGAUCAAGAUGAUUAAGGACUCGAUGAAGAUAGAAGCUAGACAUGUUAAGAGAAAACAGCUUAGUGCUUACCUGCCGGCUCAUGUACUGAAGCGAGAGAAAAAGGUAGCAGGAGCAUCCAGAAACAGUACAUCUCCUCCGAUCCGUAAAAAUGGUGUGACAGCUCAACCGCCUCCGCCGGUUAUUUUUGAUGCUACUAAAAAGCGUCAUUCUGAUUCAUCCCUCGACUUGUUGCAGAAGAAACAAAAGUUAGACCAAACACUUCCUGAAAUGGAUGGGGAUACACCUAUGAACAGGAUUGUUGUUUCUUGCGGUGAAGAUUCUAAUUCCUCACUAUCUGCUGAGGAGCAUAAUCGUCACCAUGAAAUACUUGACUCAAGUAAAACAACUUUAGAGAAUAAGAAAGCUAACAAUAUGCAAGAAGAGGUUAUCUGUUUAUGAUAAAAAUAUGCGGAAUCAGAAUAACAUUGACUGAGGUGGUUACACCACUCGGGGAUCUAUAUAUGUAUCUUUUAUAUAUAGAUAAUGCUACCUCUGUACCUGGUGAGGUGAAGGGUCGCUCAGAUCUUAAUCUGUAAGUGACGGUAAGUACGUUGGGGUUCUGAAAAUGGAAGGCCGUGGACGAUUUCAAUAUUAUAAUGUUUCAUACUUUUUUUUUCCUUUUUGUAAUAUGUAUGUAUAUAAUAUAUAAAUAUAUUUAU